GUAAUUAAACGACAAGAAAAAACCCACGGUCAGUCGGUCACUCGAUCAGCUCUUCGGCUCUUCCUAUCCUAUCACUCUCGAUCUCGAGACGUCAGACCGCCGUCGACCCUUCGUCGGCUUCCAUCGUCGGCUCUUCCGGGGAGCAACCAUCGUCGGCUCUUCCGGGGAGCAACCAUCGUCGGCUUCCUCAAUACCGCCGACGGCUUCGCGACUCGCCAGACGCCAGCUCCUCCUAUCCCUCUCAAUCGGUCGGAUUCCGAAGAUCCGGGGAGCAACCAUCGUCUCCCACCCCCUCAACACCGCCGGCGGUUUCGCGAUUCGCCGGUUCGUCCUCUCCCUCCCGAUCUCCUGCUCUGCUCGCGAUCCGGGGAGCAACCAUCGUCGGCUUCCUCAAUACUCGCCAACAGCUUCGCGAAUCACCUGCUCUGCUCGUUCUCUCCCUUUCAAUCUCGAGACCACGAGAAGCCCACUCCGCCAGGCUCCAGGGAAACAUGGCUUCAGAAGUUAAAUUUUUGUGUGAAAGUGCUAUCCUAUAAUUUUUGUGUGUCUGAAAGUAUGCUGCCUUUUCUUUUCUUGUCAAAAUGUGGGCUGGACGUUAACUUUUUUGCAACUGCAGCAGCAGCAGCGUUAAUUUCCUUCUACUUUCACCCAUUAAUCUCAUCCACAGGCUGCUUCUUCUGCACCAGUACUAUAAAUUACCCAGUGUGACCAUCUUCUCUUCAGACGUUGAUGGUUCGACUCAAACCAUAUUCUGUGAGAAUGAUGGCGGUGAUGAUGAACAAGUUAUGGAAUAUGAGGACUGAGAGAGUAAGGGUGAUCUGUGGGUUGCUAUUGUUGUUGUUGUUGGAAGGCACUCCAACUGAAGUAAAAGAAUGCACAUUGAAGGGAAGGAUGGAUUGACCAAUUCUCAGUUGUAUGCACUUCCUGAGGGCUCUGUGUUUUGGUGGCGCAGACUAUUUGGCCUUGCACGAUUCUGAAUAUCAAGGGACGGUGGAUUCAUGAAGAACAAGUUUAUGGUCAAUCAGAGCCUAGGCUGUUUGGUACUGUAAAAACUUGUAGUGUUGGAUUUCUGAUUGGAAAGUAAACAUUGUAUGAACAAGGAAGUGACCAAACUCUGAACCCACAAUCUGCUUGGAAAUCCUCGGCAUCAAGCAUUUGUUCUUUCUGUCAUGGUAGAGCCUCAAAACAACAACAACAGUUUCUUCAAUUGCCCUCUCUGUCACUU